AUGAGCGGCAGCCAGUUGAACGUCAUUUGCACGGCGUGGCCGGAGUUGGCACUGGACAGUCGCAUUUUGGAGGCGAUCAGGUGUGCUAAGUGGAAGUCGCCCACUCCUGUGCAGAGCGCCUGCAUCCCGCUGGCUUUAAAGGGGCGUGACUUGGCAAUUCAGUCUCGCACUGGCAGUGGCAAGACGGGUGCCUUCGUUAUCCCCAUCUUGCAACGCAUCAUCACUGAGGCGGAGCAGAUGCGCAACCGACGCAGUGCAAAAAAUCCUGUAGCCCUCAUCCUGCUGCCAUCCGUCGAACUAUGCGGGCAAACCGUUGAGGUGGUUAACGUCCUGGCAAAAUAUGUGCGACCGAGAAUUGUGGUGGACAACUUGACCUCCCGCGGAGCCGUUACAAGGGCCCGCGUAGCCUCCGCCCCUAUUCUUGUUACCACCGCCGCAUUGUUAGGCAAACACUGCCGCAGUGGAGCGGUAACCGCAGAAGACCUGGCCUCGCUUCGCUGCGUUGUCAUCGACGAGGUGGAUUUGGUCAUGUCGAUUGCCGAGGGUUCACUGCGCGCCGUGCAGUCCGUUUUACCGCCCUCGGUGCAGACGAUUCUUGCAUCCGCGACCUUGACAGAUGGGGUGGUGAACAUUAAAAGCCAGCUGCUCCACAGCCCUGUUACUGUCACGCUGAACACAGGAGACGAAGACGAGACGACCCCAUCCGAAGGCGAAAAGAUUGUUGUAGAGUCUCGUACCGUAACACGAGGAAUGAAUGCCGAGGAGAGGCUACAGCACUACUACCUUGUGGCCACUGAUGAGUGCCACCAGCACACACUGUUAUACGCGCUGUACCGUCUUGGUCACAUUAAAGGCAAGACCCUCAUCUUUGUGAACGAGGAGGAGACGACGUACAAAGUUCAAAGUUUUUUGGCUCAGUUGGGGGUUGAGGCGCUUGUCUACGAUUCUAACCUGCCGCUCAAUGUCCGUGUGGACACGCUUCAUCGCUUUCAGGUUGGGUCUGUCGGAACGCUGGUUUGCACCGACGGGACCUUGGAAAGUGUCGACGUCCUGCAGGACACUGUGCUGGGAACAACGGGGGAGCCCACGCUGACGCCCAGUAGGAAAGGGAAGAACGCGAAUGACAAAAAUGUGGGUGCGUUGCAACGGGGAAUUGACUUCUCAGACGUACGCAACGUCAUCCUCUUCGACGGCAUAGCGCAUCCAACGACUUCGGCCUUCUCUCGGUACACCCACCGCGUUGGGCGCGCCGGUAGGGCCGGUAAGAGCGGGAUGGCAAUCACACUGUUUUCGCGCCAGCAGGCUCAGAAGGUGACCCGGCAGCUGCGCGAGUACUUGCGGGCCACACAUGAUGCGUUUGAGCCUUUUAAGCAACUUCACCGGCAGGAGGCGGCAAAGCUUCAGUACCGAGUAGACAAUGUGCUCUUCACGAUUACGAGAUCGUUUACCCGCCGUCAACGCAUUUCCGCCGUGGCCGCCGAACUCACGCGCAGUGCCUACCUUAAAAGUCACAUAACUCAGAAGGAUGACACUGUGCUUCAGCGCAUUUUGUCCCGCUCCAAGAAGACGACCAGGUGUGACCCAGCUUUACUGGACGUCCCACAUUACAUGCACAUUGAGGGAGCGGACUCCGCAGAGAAUUACCGCAAACGUGUCCGUGCACGUACUUCAUCGAGAUCGUCAUCCGCUCCUCAGCAAGCAAGAACAAAAUCACGGGAUCCGCUCAGCCGCGUCGCCAGCGCCGUGAAGAUGGGGGUCGCAAAGAAGCGAAGGCUGUAA